AUGGUUAAGAAAUAUGAGACCGACGGCACUCAGACAAGCAAUAUCAAGGCGGACGUUAUCGUGCUGGGGUGCAGCCUGCCCGGUAUUGUAGCAGCCCACAAGUUGAAGCAAAAGUUUGGGGACACCAUGGAUGUCGUCAUUAUAGAUCUCGCCGGCACUAAUAAGGGCAUGCCGAAGUUUAACGCAGUAUCUUUCAGCAAAGAUGAAGACAACACUACCGAGGAGUGUACAGUUAAAUCAACUCAUCAGUUUUUGGAACAUUUUUCUCGACGCUACCUCGUAAUGUAUGCGAAGGAAUUCAAUAUUACGAUCCCAGAUGAAAUUUUAACACCAGAGAGUAUUCCGUCACCGCUAAACAAGCUUUUUGAGUAUACAAAUGGAAAAACCGUUCAAUGCACGAAUAACUUCCACGAUUUCGAUUAUUUGGGCGUCUUUGAAAAAUUCGAACUGAGCCAAUAUCAGAGACUGAUUGAUGAGAGUAUGAAGAAUAUAUUCCACGUCACGAAACCAGUAACGGAAUCUGAACGACGGAAGCUCCUGUACUAUGAUCAGACGACUAUGGAGAAACACAUCUGCGGCGCUCUGCUCUUUUCAACGUCACGGGAAAUUAUGAGAACCGUGGUUAGAUUAGUAUGCGGAGCCUCCCCAGACACCGUAUCGGUUCUGUUCUAUCUUCAUCAGUGUUACAGAAACAUCAGUUGCAAAAACUACGUGGACGGAAACAACACGAAAUUUCGAGAGAAACUUCUAGGCUAUUGCUGGAAACGCCUUGCUUAUAAAUUGCAACAGAGCGUGGCUGGUAUCACGCUAAAAGCGAAAGCAAUAAAGAAGAUACGGACCUAUUCAGAUGAGCAGGUUAUUGUGGAGACGAUGAAAGGGGAAAAUAAUUAUGUUUGUAACUUCCUUGCGAUGGCCGUGAGACCUGACGAACUCACCAACAUCAACGUGGAGCCUACGUUGUUGCCGGAAAGAGAAGCUGAGAUUGCGAGGUUUAUGCUACCUGGUCGAGUUAAAAAGUUCAUGAUUCAAUACGAAACUGACUUUUGGAGGGAUGACGGUUAUAGCGGUGAUAUUCUAAGCAUUAGAGGGCCAAUCGUUUGGGCUAUGGAACGUCCUGGAUUGUCUGCGACGGGGAGCAAGCGGCGAUACUCGUCUUUAGUAGGUUACCUAAAGGCCAAAAUGUGCGAUGGUGACAAGCAAGAUUCAAAAGAAGAAGUUAUAGAACAGCUAGUGAAACUAUUUGGGGAAAGCGCAGCAAAUCCAGUUAACUACAAAGAGAGUGACGUCGAAGACGUAUUUAUUCCAAGAUGUGGCGAUUACGUUGCCUUGAGGAAAUGGACGAAGGAGCAGACUCCCGGAUUACUAGAAUGGGGAGCUUUGGAUAUAUACCGCGAAGGAGAUAUCACAGGUGCGAUAGAAGCAGGUCAUACAGCAUAUCUCCAUGUUUCAAGCUGUCUACGUCCUCAAGCGCAGACUUUUGAAGAUGUUAGUGCAGCUGAGAUCCCUAUAAGCGUUCACGGCAACUUCUGUAAUAGAGUAUUGGCAAACAUAAACAUUAUAAGUAGUAUGUCCCUCGUGGCAUAUACUACUGCUGUAUACGUAGGGAUACGCCUUGCAAAAUCCUAUCUCGGAAAACAAUAG